UGGGUUGCAGUACACAUGCACUUGAGGAUUUUCAAACAUUUAUUCUUCAGGUCUGAGCUCAAACAGAAAGAAGAUGAACUAGAAUCAGUUAAUAAAAGACUGACUGAGACAAAAGCUUCUAAUGAAAGUGAGAUCCAGAAAAUCAGGUCUGCUUUAGAAGAAAAACAAGGAGAAGUAAAAUCAGCCAAUCAAAGAAUGAUAGAAACAAAGACUUCUCUUGAAAAAGAGCUCCAUCAAGUGAAGUCUGAGCUCAAACAGAAAGAAGAUGAACUAGAAUCAGUUAAUAAAAGACUGACUGAGACAAAAGCUUCUAAUGAAAGUGAGAUCCAGAAAAUCAGGUCUGCUUUAGAAGAAAAACAAGGAGAAGUAAAAUCAGCCAAUCAAAGAAUGAUAGAAACAAAGACUUCUCUUGAAAAAGAGCUCCAUCAAGUGAAGUCUGAGCUCAAACAGAAAGAAGAUGAACUAGAAUCAGUUAAUAAAAGACUGACUGAGACAAAAGCUUCUAAUGAAAGUGAGAUCCAGAAAAUCAGGUCUGCUUUAGAAGAAAAACAAGGAGAAGUAAAAUCAGCCAAUCAAAGACUGCAGGAAGCACCAGCUUUGAGAUCCAGCCCUCAGCAUUGUAAAUCAGAAGGAUGUGAACAUAAACAAAGUUUGACUGAGAUGGACAAGUUUUACAAAAAGCAGCUCUAUAAGGCUCGAUCUGCUGCAGAACAAAAAGAAAAAGAAUUGAAAUCAGUUAAAGACAGACUGGCAGCACAGGUGGCCAUUUCCCUUAAAACAGGAAACACUGAGAGCAUGAACAACCCGGUCAGUAAAACCAGACUGACUGAGAUGUACGACAACCUGAGGCUGCUGCAGUGGCCGAACAUCAAAGAUCGGCUGAAGUCCAGGAAGAUCGGGCCAAAGGAGGCCAAAGAUCUGAUCCAGAGAACCUUUGGAGAUGCAGCAGAAGAAAUGAAGAGAAGGAAGCAGCAGAUAGAGGAGGUGUUCCAGGAGACCAGGUCCAGCAGUGGACCGACUCCUCAGAAGGUCAAAGAGUACAGACAGCUAACAGUUCAGAGCCUGCAGAUGGCGCUGUUCCACACCAGCAAAGAAGAUCUUUUUAAGACUGGUUUCCUGGAACAUGGAGGUCAGUUUCCAGAGGAAGUGAAGGAGGAUCUCAGACUUCUGGCCUCUGAAUGCUACUGGCUGGGCUGCUUGAUGGCUUUAAAUAAUCCUCCUCUUCAGCCUGACUGGAAGAACCACUUUCCUGGGUUUGACUCCUGGGAUAUCUUUCCUCGAGACAUCCAACCGUUUGUCCUGUAGAGGAAGCAGAUGCACCACUGCAGAGAACACAUUCUGACAUCACUUCCUGCUUCAUAGUUAAUCAUUUUAAUUUCUAGUUAAGUCCAUGUGGGUUUUCCUUUGCCUUUAUUUGUAUCAUAGUAACAUGACUGGAGAAAAAAAAUAAUAAAUCUGGGAUUAUUUUAA